UGAAGUGACAAAUGUCAAGCUGUUAUUCGCGCGUUUUUCAUUUGUUUUCUUCGGUUUCUCUGAAACUUCAACUGAUUGAAAAGCGUUAAAGUCGUGUAAAAACUCAGAAAAAUGUCGAAUUACACUGCGGAUAAACUAGUGGAAGAUUUUAAAUUCAUUGGAUUAUCUCCGGACGACGCUGUGAUAGCAAAAUGCCUAGAAUUAUGCAUUUGUUACAAACUAACCGAAGAAGAACUAGUUGAUGUUUGGGCAGCUUUCACAAUAUCUCAUUUAAAGAGCGCCCCGCCAUCACUCGAGGGUUUAGAUUUUCUAGAACGCCGCGAAUUGAUGAAGAACAAAGUGGUGAACACAACAAACAUUGCUAAUACUGUAGUGCAGACACCAGAGAGGAAGAAACCAAUUAAACAAGCGCCAAAGACACCUUCGGUCAGUUCGAAAUCCUUAACUCAAACUUUCAAUGACAGUCUAACACAGGAUGUUUCCGUUGAUGUUUCACUUUCACAGGUUGGUAACUAUGCAGAUAGAGCAAAUGCAGGCAAAGUUGUACUCACGCAUGGCGCCGACUCGAAAAUACAAUAUACUAGUUGUUUGAAUUCGGCUCAUGUGAAACUAUUCGGUGAUGAAUUGCAAUGGAUGCCGCCGAACGUCCAACAAAUGUAUUGUUAUAUGCACAAACAGCGCGAGUGCCAGGCUGGGAUCACCGAAUACGUUGCGAAAAUCAUCGCUCAAAAGAACAAUAUCAAUUUAGAACCGUUUCUCGAACGCGAUGCGGCCGAAAGUACGUACUACGGCACUAUCGUAUGCGACGGCGACGGCAAACUGAACAAAACCUCCGCGUUGUUGGAGCUCACAGGUGGUGAUUACUCCAACGGCGAGAAAAUACGCUUAAAUUUAUCACAACUUGCCUCGUGCGCGUUGUUUCCUGGACAGGUCGCCAUCGUGAAGGGGAAACUUAUCAAAGGAACACUGCAAGUCACUGAGCUGUUCAACGACGCGUCCGUUGCACCCGUGCAGAAACUCGAGACUGGUUCGUUGCAAAUUAUCGCCGCAUCGGGGCCAUUCACAUUAAAAACUAACCUGCUUUAUGAACCACUGCAAGAUUUAUUAUCGUCUGUGAUUAGUGCACGUCCAAAUGUUUUAAUUUUAAGCGGUCCAUUCCUGGAUGAGGACCAUAAUAAUAUCAGCACGAUGACUGAAUCGUUCGAUGCAUUCUUCUCCACGUUGAUUGAGAGUAUAAUGGCGCCACUUGAAGGGACAAAUAUUCAGGUGGUGAUUGUGGCUUCUCUUCGUGACGUUCAUCAUUUCGCGGUGUUUCCGACGCCUGCGUACACAUUACUCAACAAAUAUCCAAACUUACUGCUUGUUCCUGAUCCUUGUAUGUUAGACAUCAAUGGAUUACACGUUGCAGUAACAACAGCCGAUGUUCUCUUCAAUAUCGGAAAAGAAGAAUUCGCGUUUGGCGCUGGUGGUGUUGAUAGAAUGACAAGAUUAAGUCAGUAUUUACUCGGGCAGUUAUCCUUUUAUCCUCUGCAGUCAGCUGAGAGUAAAAUGCCGAUUGAUUAUGGCCUGCUGGAGAAAUACGGGUUGAUGGAGACUUCACCGCAUGUGCUGAUCGUGCCUUCGAAUUUCAGACAUUUUAUAAAGAAUAUUUCUGGCUGCACCGUUGUGAAUCCAGAGCGCCUGGUGAAAGGAUACGCAGGCGGGACGUACGCAAGGCUACAAGUAUCCACCGCCAAAGAGUUGCAAAUCUCCGGUGAGAUUAUCAAUAUUUAAACUGUCUGUUGUUUUUAUUCUUAUUAAAUUAAAUAUCUGAUACCUUUUUGUGGCGCAUUCGCACUUAAUGUUCGUAAAUAAACACACACGCACUUCUCAAA